AACUCAAAGUAUCGUUUUCUGUUAAAUGUAAAAGAAUCAUUGUAAUAUUUAAUACUUACUGUAUAUAAUGUGUAUAUUUUUGGAAUACCUAAUGCAUAGGUUGCAAUUCACGUUAGCGUAUUAGGUUAAGCCGUGAAUAUGUUAACAAUAACUCCGUUGCAAUCGCAUGGAAAUGGAACGCAGCACUAAAUCAUGACCGGUAUUAUACAGCGGUGUGUAUUUUACCAACGAAAAUUAAUUGUUCAUAACAGAAACAAUAUGUGGAGAAAAAUACAUAAUCAUUAAAUAUCGUUGGCAUAAACACUAAAGCCGACUCCUCAUGGAGAGAUCUCGGAUGACGCUAAUUCAAAGUUGAUGAUUUUACCGCUGAAUUAAAACCCUAGACCACUGGUCGAGGAAAGCGUACACGUUUGUCAAAUGAGAAGUGUCGAUUUCAAUUUGAACUCCGUUCAACUUUCAACGAAAUAUGAGGGGACGCUAUCUAAAUCACGUGUGAACGGUGAUCACUAUUUAGCGCAAUGUUCAACAGUUGUUUCACAGUGUUACGAAGAAGUGUUCAAUUUUGUCUAUUGUCACUUACGAUGUCGGAACUAAUGAUGUAAGAUGGAAGUAAAUGAUAAUUCAAUUAUUCUUCACAGUAGUAGCAGUAUAACAGUGGCUGAUUCUGUAUGGAAAUUUAUCAACAGCCCUAUUAUUGCAAUCUUCUCUGAUUUAAAAAAUGCAACUGCAGAACAAAUGCUUCGAUCCCUUUUAGAGUCAAUAUUAAAGGGCUCUGCUACUUUAACUACAGUUUUAAUUCCACCAUAUACCAAUGGAUUGCAAAAUGAUGCGUUACAGUGUCAAUAUGCAGCAUUUACUACUUGGCUUUUUGGUACAAUGUUUUAUAUAGUUGGAGAGCCUUUGAGUAAUGAAAUUCUUGCAAAUAGCAUAGAGAUUCAAGCCUGCAUGCUUAGAAUAUUGUCUAGACAUCAUAUCACUAUGUUUGAAAUUAUUAGUAACGAAUAUAUGAAUAUUCUUCAAGAAAUAUUGGAAUUUUAUAAGUCUAAUGGAGAUACGGAAGAACUAAAAUUAGCUAAAUUUAAUGCAGACAGAGAAAUCAUAGAGAAUUUAGAUCUACAAGCAUUCCCUGUUACAAUAAUGUAUUCUGAUGUACCACAAGUACAGAUGUCCAUUUUGAAAAUUAUUGAGAAGACUGGUGUUUCGGUGUGGAAUGAAAAAGUACUUUCAGAUAUUAUGAUCAAAAUGCUCAUUGUAUCUGUUCCAAAUGUAAAGAUUAUGGUACUAAAUCUCUGCACAAAAUUAAUAGAGUCUUCUUUAAUGAACAGAGAGGAAGUGGAAAAUUUGAUGCUCCACUUUAUUGAAAUUGUGAAAAUAAUUCCUGCAUGGUUAUCUUCUCAUGAAUUACAAGGAAAUCAAUUAUGUCCAUUUGUACAGAUACUUACUCGAUUUAUUCAAUCAUCACCAAUUUUUUCAAACAGUAUUGAAUUAUGCUUUCAAAUCAGUCAUCUGAUGGUUCAUGAAUUCAUCAAAUAUGAAAAUAAUGUAGAAGCUACGGAAAAGCUGAAAGAAAUAAUUUGUAAUAAAAUGAAGCAGUACUUUGCCAAGGAACCAAGAGUUUGUACGCUCUCCGAGACAAAAGAAUUUAUUUCAUAUUUCGAGUACUACCCAGAUUUCAUUGUUAUUUUUAAUCACUGUAUUCUCACUGAAAUCAGACGCAAUUUCAGUAAGAAUAAUUUAGUCAGUGAGUUUUGUGAACCAUGGAAGUUUGUAAGAAAUGAACUGAUUUUUGCAGCAAAGUCAAAAAAGUUAGAAAAAUGUGUACACAUUUUAAAAGCAUCAGGUAUUUUACAAUGUUGGUUAAAAGAGCUAAAAUUAUCAAUGAAUUUGUAUGCAACCGAUUUAGAUGAUAUUUUGGAAAUACUCAUACAGAAUUUGAGGUCAGGGCAGUGCCAGCAGGGACAAAUUAUCUUUGAGUGUUUCAUACAUAUGGUGGCACAUAAUGAAGCAAACAAGGAUGUUCUCCAUAAGUUACUGGCACUACCAUUCAUUACAAAUACUGAAAUAUCUGCAGAAAUAAUUAAUAAUCACGUGAAAGAGGCAGCAGAGUCCUUAGAUAUUGCAACAAAAUUAAGAUGCCUUAAAGCUCUUUGCGAAUUUGGUAAUGGAAUGGAAGCAUUAAACUUGUUAAAUAAUUGUGUGUCAAGUGGUAGAACUGACUUAGCAGUUGCAGCAGUGCAGAAUAGUAUACUGCUUCUCAAAAACGGGGAAACUAAAUUUGAAGAUAUCUCGAGAUACGUUCUUCAACCUGCAUUACAGUCAAAAAAAGAGGAAGUCUAUGAAAAACUUGUAAUUGUAUUGGGUAAAACAAGUUGUUACUUAUCUGGGCAUGCAGACUUUGUAAGGGAACCAGACAAUACAAAAUGGAAAAUACAAUGUAAAUGUUGUGCUGGCAAUGUUAAAAGCGAUAUAAAUCCUUAUGUCUAUCAUGUUUCAAAUGAAUAUGAUUAUCUUCUGAGUUCAUAUCUUAGUGUAUUAUCAUCAGAGUUUCUUUCAGUGCGUUUCUGCAUUUCCGAAAAUAUAUUAUCAUUUUCGAAUCAUAUAAAUUCAUUUAACAAACAUGAAAUAACAAAAGUGUGGUGUUCGUACAUAGAAGACGAAAAUCCCAUGACUCGUUCUAAUAUUGCUACAGCAAUAAAAGGAAUACUAAAUAAUAAAAUAAAUAUAGCAAAAAAGUCUGUUGUAUCUAUAGAGUACGAUGUGCCCGCUUCAUUGGAUGAAUUUGUCAAUUUAAUAAUUAAUACUAUGGCAAGUGCACUUAUGAAAGCUCUUCAAAGUUCUAACCACGCGCUUCAGGAAACCGUACUUCUUACAGCUAGAAAUUUUGCAAGUGUUCAAUUGUAUACUGCUGAGAGACGAAUUUUGAACUUAUUUCUCAUCUCUAUACUAUAUUCUACAUCAUCUCCGACCUCAGUAGCGUUUGCUACAACUGCCUAUAGCGACUAUGCUAAAUUAUUGAACGUUUCAACCAAAGUGUUAUAUGUAAAAUAUAAGAAAGAUUUUCUUAAGGUCAUAAUGCAAUGUGCUGUGCAUAAUUUUAUAAAAUAUUCUUACAAUGUGGCCACGUCGAUACACCGUGUUGCAAAGUGCAUUGGAUACGAGGGUUCACGGCAAUUAUUGCGCAAAGACGGUCAUUAUGCAGUUAGCUUUUUACUUUCUUUCGGCGUUGACCCACCAAAUGUAAAAAUUUUGUUGCGUGAUAUAGCAGAGUUAGUCAGCAUGGAUGAAAAACAGAUGUUAAAAGAAUACUUUCCUUACAUUUGUAGUUAUGCAUUUUUAAAUAUGCCUCUUGCUACUACUGCAGAAUGCUUAAGAUUAGUAUCAAGUAUCACGCAAAUGAAUUUAUCUGUACUGACAAGACAAUCGUUUAUGGGUAUAUUUGAGGAAUUUAUGUUGAAUUUUCAUGAAUCUCCUGAGAAAGUGAUUGGAUUGUUGAAAAUCAUUUCUGAUUAUGACAACAGCUCGGAAAAAAAUUACAUUACACAUAAAGGAAUUAAAUCUUAUUUGAAUUUACGUUUGCAUGGUAUACUAGUAAAUUUUGACAUCAAACUUGGCUCAAAAUCAGAUGAGUAUACGCAGCAAUCUGCACUAGCAUCGUUGGCUGCAUUAAUGAGAUUAAUGGGACCAGAAUAUUUAAGUCCAUUAAGGUAUAAAAUCUUAGCCACUUUGAGAACCUCAUUAGCAUUCAAGAGACCAGGAUACGGGCCUCUUAUAUGCGAUGCAUGGAACGCAUUCAUUCACAACAUAACUAUUAAAGAACUAGGUCCACUCCUUCCAACUAUAUGCAUAUCAUUAAUAUCAUUGUUAAAAAUUUAUCCUGAAAAAAUCAUUGCCAUGUUGAAAUUUCUCGUUAUCGAAUGCAAUGAAGAAAAUUCCAAUCACACUGCGGAAUUAUUUUUCAUAGAUGAUAUAGAUAUUCCUGAUGAAAUUUCAACUAUAAUUAAGGCGCGUGUUUUACAAGCCAGACCCAAAGGUUUCGAAGCAAAUUUAAAAUUAUGGCUGAAACGUAUCACACAUGAAACAGAUGAAGUAAGGUCUAGAGCUUUAACAUAUUUGCAAAAAUUCCUAGCAGAACAUCGUAGCCAAUUAAAUCAAAUGAUUUUGACUGAGACGGAUAUUCAUCCGUUAAUAGUUGAGUUGUUAGAUACGCUGUUAAUUGGUUGUCAGCAUAAAGAUGAAAACAUACGCUUAUUAUAUGGAGAAUGUUUAGGAGAAUUAGGUGCCAUUGAACCGAGUCUUUUACCACGCCGAAUAAUCUCUAGAGAUGAUUGUAAAUUUAUCUCUGAUAUGAAUGAAGAAUUUGCCUGUGCUAUGCUCUUUGAACAUGUGCGAGCCUUUCAAAUGCAAAAAAGUAGUCACAGUAUGGAUUGCUUCUCACUUGCCAUUCAGGAAAUCUUAAAAGCAUACGAGAUUACACCUCAAGGUAAAAACAGUGAACUAUGGAACAGUUUACCAUUGACUACGAGGCAAAUUAUUUUUCCCUUUUUAACAUCUCAUUACAAAAUAGCAGCCGUGAGUGACGAUAAAAUGUUUCCUCAUCCUAUUUAUGGUUCUGAAGUUGGUUCAUCUGUUGAAAAUUGGGCAUACAGUUGGCUCUGUAGUAUGUUUAAAAAUAUUCACGAUGAAAGGCUCAACAGUGUACUGCGUGCGUGCAAAUUAGCCCUGAAAAGGGACAUAAAAAUACUAACAUUUUGUCUACCUCAUGUUGUGUCGUACAUUAUAACAAAUGGCACGGAACAAGAACACAUAAAAAUACGAGAGGAAAUGUUGACAAUAAUUGAUGUCAGAAAAAAGCCUACUCUUGAUCCUGAAUUGUCCCGUCAUCGGCCUCUUAGAAAUGGACACAGCAUUAAAGCAGAUGACACAAGAAUUUCAGAGGAAACUAGACGCAUGCGUUGUGCACAGAUCGUAUUUUCAGUAUUAGAUCAUUUACAAAGAUGGUUAUGGGAGCAAAGGCUGGAUCGUAGUCAUAAAUAUAAAGCAGUAGAAAACUUUUGCGAAGAAUUGAAUUCACUGAUCGUGGCUGAAGGUUGUUAUCAGUCCAGAGAAUAUCAUAGAGCUCUAAUGUAUUUGGAGAAGUACAUGGCUUCAUCCAACAAAGGAUUGUCUGAACCCAUGGAAGGUGGACUGCUAGCUAAAAUAUAUGCACAGUUGGAUGAGCCAGAUGGUAUAUCCGGUAUACUAGCUUCUCAAGAUCAUACACCAACAGUUCAACAAUUAAUCUUAGCUCAUGAAGUUAAUGGACAGCUUCAGGACGCAGCUACAUGUUAUGAAAGACUAGCUCAAAAGAAGACAUUGAAACACACCUAUCUACAAGGCAUGAUACAAUGCUAUCUUGGUCUUGACCAACCAUUCACAGCUAAACAUAUUACCGAAGGAGUUUUAAGUAGCAGACCAGAAUUGGAACCACUAAUGAUCGAAAAUGAGCCUUUUUGGAGAUUAGCUCAUUUUACUAGACUGGAUGAUACUCCACAGAAGAACAUAAAACAUAGUCUUUUAGAAGAUCUUAAGCAAGGCAUGAAGCCAGACUUAUUAUCAUUAAAACAAAAUUUAGUAAUGCUAUUGGAAGACGCAUCACGCCCCGGAGCUUAUCAACAAUGUUACUCCUACAUCAUGAAGUUGCACAUAUUGAAUGAGUUCGAUAAGGCAGUGUCCACGAUGCUAACGGAUAUAGACCAGCUUCCAAUGAUAUUCGAAGAGUGGGAGAAGCGUGGUCAGCUUGUUAGAUCUUCUCGUGGGGUGGAAUUUGUAUUAAGCAUGCGUAGAGCCACUCUAGACUUAGCAGUUCAAUUGAAUAAACAAGUUAAUGAUAGAGAAAAUCCUUUUCUUAAACAGGAAAUUGGAAAGAUUUGGCUCAAGAGCGCCAAAAUUGCAAGGAAGAGAGGACUCCAUCAGCAAGCAUACAUGUAUAUUCUCUCAGCUAGUGACUCCUGUCCGUUACAACAGCUUUACAUAGAACAGGCUCAAUUGUAUUGGCAAAAAGGCUGUCAAGAAGAUGCUUUCACGACAUUGAAGCGAUGCUUCUCAAGCUGUUUCCAAUCAUCUGCAUACUACAAAUCAUUGUCAUCGUCAGAAUGCGUUGAAGAAAGGAAACAAUGUGCAAAGGCGAAGCUUCUGUAUGCAAAAUAUAAUGAUGAAACUGUGAACGUAGAUACUGAUGCUAAUAUUAUGAAUUAUAAAGAGGCUAUCGAGGUUUGGAGAGAAUGGGAGAAAAGUUUACUUUCAUGUGCUCAGUAUUAUGAAUCCGUUAUAGAAAGGUUGUCUGAUGAAGAAAAGGACAAGAAAGGACGGGAUUUACAAGUGCACACUAUGAAUUUCUAUGGGAAAUCGCUUCAAUAUGGUUGUAAAUAUAUUCAUCAGUCUAUGCCGAGAAUGUUGACUAUCUGGCUAGAUUUUGCUUCUCGUGUAACAUCGCGGUCCAACCAUAAUGUAAACGAUGAAAUUGAGAAGUUUCGACGCGAUGCAUUACUAAAAAUGACGAAAAUCAUGGAAGUGUAUCAAGAACGGCUACCAAUAUUCAUGUGGCUGACUGCGUUCAGCCAACUUGUAUCUCGAAUAUGCCAUCCAUCGACAGAAGUGCAAAAUACUCUUUAUACGAUAUUAGUGAAGUUAAUUUUUGCUUAUCCUCAACACUGUUUAUGGAUGAUGGCAUCAGUUAUUAAUUCCUCUUAUCCUGCGCGACAAAGACGUUGUCAAGCGAUUCUAAAUAAUUCCAAACUAAAAACAGGAGAGAUGCUGAAACUCAUCAAGGACUUCCACAAAUUGUGGGAGAGACUCAUUGAGUUGUCUAACAAACCAAUACCGGAUGGUGUUCUGAACACUACAGUCAGCCAAUUAUCGCGGAAUCUACCUCGUUUACUGUCAACCAAAGACUUCAGCACAAUUAUGAUGCCAACAACUAAAUUUAAGCAGCUUCAUCUACCCUCUAAGGGUGUAUCAUUAGAGAACCAUAAUCCAUUUUCAUCGAAUUGGGUGCAUAUAUCUGGAAUAGAAGAAAGUGUAGCUGUUAUGCCGUCUCUCCAGAGACCACGACGCAUUGCGUUGAAAGGAUCAGAUGGUAAGAAAUACCUAUUCAUGUGUAAACCAAAGGACGAUUUACGCAGGGAUUUUAGAUUAAUGGAGUUCAACGACAUAGUAAAUAAAUAUCUACAAAACGACCCUGAAUCUCGCCAAAGGAGACUGUACAUUCGAACAUAUAGCGUAGUACCCUUAAAUGAAGAAUGUGGUUUAAUAGAAUGGGUACCGAAUUUAGUAGGCUUUAGGCCAGUCAUAAUCAAUUUGUAUAAAGAAAGGGGUAUCGCCACUUCAAAUAGAGAACUCAGAAGCAUGUUAUGUGCGUUGAAAGAUCCUCUGGAGAAGAAGAGGAAAGUGUUCCUAGAACAACUUCUACCGCGACAUCCUUCUGUUCUUGGUGAUUGGUUCCGUCUUACAUUCCCCGAUCCAUACGGAUGGUACGAAGCACGUACCGCAUACAUCCGAACCACAGCAGUAAUGUCCAUGGUGGGAUAUAUCCUUGGUUUAGGAGAUCGGCAUGGGGAGAAUAUACUAUACGACUCUAAAUGUGGUGAUUGUGUACACGUGGAUUUCAACUGUUUAUUCAACAGGGGAGAAUUGUUCGAUUGGCCAGAGCGAGUGCCGUUUCGUUUAACGCAUAACAUGGUGGAUGCUAUGGGACCAUUAAAAAUUGAGGGACCAUUUAGACGUGCUUGUGAAACUACUAUGAGGGUUCUUCGACAACAAUCCAGCACGUUACUAAGCGUGCUCACACCGUUUGUUUAUGAUCCACUUGUCAGCUGGAAUAAAAAUCAAACCUGCGAGGGCGGUGAAAAAACAAAUGAAAAGGCUGUGGAACACAUAAAGAAUAUAGAACAGCGAUUGAAAGGCCUGAUUCGAUCCCAUGGAAAGAAAUUGGAAAACAUUGCGCUAAAUCUGAGUGUCGAGGGGCAAACAAAUCAUCUGAUUUUAGAAGCAACAAACUUAGAUAAUCUUUGUCAAAUGUAUUUCGGUUGGGGUGCGUACAUGUAAUGAGUGUACAACAGGAUACUUGACCAUUCAACGUUUGUAUGUAAUAUAGUUAUUCGUCAAAUAUUUCUAAUUAUAAAAACCAAUUCUUGAGUCUUAAGCUUCCAAACCGAAGCUACGGAACAUCAUGAAAUAUGAUAGUGCAGUACUGAGAGUCUGCAAAAUGUAUAGAAAUAAUGUAUGUAAUGUUUGUACAUCGUAAGCAGUAUCAUAAUAUUAAAAAUUUUAUAUGAUUUUAUACGUAGAUAUGUAAAUCAACUUUUACCGCACUGAAGUUUUCUAAAUGCAUAAUAUACAGUUUCCCUGCUGUAAUGUAACUAGGUUUUUGCGAACGUAACAUGAUCAUCCAUGUUUCACACCUGAUAGAAGUGGAUAAUCUAUACCAUUGUAUAGAAUACACAGCUUGACGUAUGCCACUACUCUGUUACAAUACGUAAUAAUUUCAAAUUAAAAAUUUCAUUUUGUAUUGAAUAAUAUGAUUCACGUUCGUUUGAAAUUCAUUUUA